AUUGCCUUUUUAUUGUCAUUUAGUCGUUAUUUAUUAUGACUUUUUUGUGAUGUUUAUUUUGUAAAAAGUAAUUAUAAAUGCAUAUGUUACACCAUUGAAAAACUGAAAAAUAGUAUGAAAUACAAAGACAUUGAAAAAAGUGUAUGUAAAAGUGCAUAGCUGGGAUACAAGUUAACCUUGUCGCCAACAGCCUUGGUAAUAUUGCUGCGUCGUAUGCAGAAUCCUCGCUGCCACAUGAAUCUAGACAACUUGGAUAAGGCGCUGCACGAUUUGGGCAUGCUGAGCGCUAUAACGGAGGCCCGGCGGGACUACCUACACGAGUCCAAUUCUAAUUACGGUAUGAUGAGACUGAACACGCGCUACGUCUCUAACGUCACCGUGGGUUAUUGUAUGAAGCGAGUAACCAACAAAAACAGACUGUGUCCUUACGUGUUGCCGAUGCGACAUAGAACGAAGAGCGAAAACUCUGACGCGAUCGCCACCAACAUGGCGGACAGCGGGCGCGAUUACUUAAACACCCUUCUGGAGCCUUCUACGAGUGGAUGCAGCAACAACGACAGUGCUAAGUGCCCCGCGAAGCGUUGCCAGUCCCUCGAAAACCUGAACAUCUCCGUGGAACCUCAGUCUAGUCCAGACACCCCGGAACUGGAUGGAGUGUCAACACGCAUUCAGAAGCUUCAAGUUGAUGAAUGACGAACCACUCCGCCACAUUGUCAUGUGACACUUAAUUAACAUAAAAUAAGUUGGAAUGACCGUGGGUAGCAAAUAGUUUUUACAAGUAGUGAAGUGAUGCAAGUAAUUAAUGUUAAAUUGUAUUUUCAGUGUACUUGUAUGAUAGCAUGGAUGAGUAUAUAGUGGAUGUUGUUAAUGUUCCUAGUAAUUUCUUGGUGUAAUUGGUUAAUUUUGCAUGGUAUUACCUCAGUGAGUUUAUUAUUGUCAAGGAAGUCUGUUUGAGUCCUAUCUCCUAAGCAUUUAAAUAAAUUUGCUCAAAAAAUUGGAAUGGGUACAAAUUAUAGGGAUAUGAAAUGUAAAUUAUUUUGUAUCCACUUUUAGGUAAUUGUUUGAUAAAAGUUAUUGAGUUUGUUGACUUUGGGAGUUUGUGAUGUGUCCUAACAGUUUAUGGUUACCUUUAAUAAGUACCACCUAUGAGAGUUGUUAAGAACAAAUAUUUUGUUUUCUUUCUAAGUCACAGAUGCACUUCCUACUACCAUGCACUUGCAGCUUGUUUAAUUAUAAAGAGGGGUUUGGUUUAUUGUUAAAUCUAGAGAUAUGUAAUAGAAAUACAAUUUUUUUUGGCUUAUACUAUAAACAAAGUAGUAUUAUCUAAAUAAUCUGAUUAUACCAUAAGUAACCAAAUGUUGAUCAUAGUUAGUCAAACAUUCACUGUGAAUUUUUUUUUUGUGAACCCUUAUUGCAUUUUUGACCAGUGUUAUUAUUUCUUCACUGUCCUUAAUGUCAUAAUUCAGUCUUUUGUUAAUAAACAAAAGCAUUGUGAUAAUGACUAUGGGGCAUCUGAAAGUACAAAUUUAGUACAUUUUUCACUUUUCAUCACAUAAAGUCUGCUGUCUAUACUUAUGUUAAAAAGCUAUUACAGUGGAAGGGAAUGUGUCAAAUUUAGGACAUUUGCCUGCAUGAAGGUUUAAUGCUGCCCUUCCACUAAGGCAGAGAUGAGCAGGAGACGUCCAGGAAUCAACCAAUAGCAUUGAUUGUAAUCCAGCAGAGCGGAGGAGACAACCAACGCUAUUGGUUGAUUCCCGCAUGUCUCCUCUUACCUUCGCCUUAGUGGAAAGGCAGCCUAACAUCUGUAUUGAUUAGGUAUAAUUCUCACAAGCUCUCUUUAAAUGCGAGAAAUAAGAACAUUCUAUCCAAAUUAUUUUAACAAAGCAAAAGUUUUAUUAUAAGACUGUGUAGAUCUCAUUUUGUUACACAAUCUUUUAAAACUGACCGUAGUUAUGCAUAAAACGAUCAACUCCAUUUUUUUAUCAACGCAGAAAGCAACCAAAGCCACUAGUUAGGGUGUUCUCUUUGACAAAAAUAAAUGGUCGCUUUCUACAGAACUACGGUCAAAUGAUUAGCUAAGGCAUAACCUUGUGUGAAUAUUUUCUAUUCGUAGAUAUAACCCACAUUGCUUUUGUGACUUAGGGAUACUUAACUUUGUUAACAAAUUUAUUUUUUUCUUAUUUAAUAUUUGAAUAAAUAUUGCUUUAAAUAAUU